AUGCCAAGCGAAGCAAACCAAGGUUUCUAUUUGCUUGGUUUAGAGAACACAACUCCAACUUUUGCAUCAGCAAUACAAAAUUCUGUCCCUGCCAUAACAUUUCUCAUGGCUGUCAUAUUAAGGAUAGAGCAAGUGAGAUUGAAUAGAAAAGAUGGAUUAGCUAAAGUUGCAGGAACAAUAUUCUGUGUAAUUGGUGCAACAGUGAUUACAUUAUACAAAGCGCCUAUUCUUAAGAAGUAUCCUGCUCGUCUUUCUGUCACUUCUUAUACGUGUUUCUUUGGUCUCUUGCAAUUUCUUGUUAUUGCUUUGGUUUGUGAAAGAAAUUCUCAAGCUUGGCUAUUUCACUCGGGUGGUGAAGCUUUCACUAUUCUAUACGCCGGAGUGGUGGCAUCUGGAAUUGCUUUUGCAGUACAAAUAUGGUGUAUUGAUAGAGGAGGUCCAGUGUUUGUUGCUGUUUAUCAACCUGUUCAAACUUUUGUUGUUGCUAUUAUGGCUUCUAUUGCUUUAGGAGAAGAGUUCUACUUGGGAGGGACAGAAUUUACUAAAGUAACUCUGCCACCAAUAGAUAAAAAACGACCCUUCCAAACCGAGACUUCAACUCCAAUUGUCCAGCUUCUGAACAACGGAAAUUUAGUGAUCAGAGAUGAGAAAGACAGUUCAGCUGAUGAAGAUAGUUUCUUGUGGCAGAGCUUUGACUAUCCUACUGAUACAUUAUUACCAGAAAUGAAGAAUGGAUGGGACAAGAAAACUGGUAUUCUUAGAAUAUUUACUGCAUGGAAAAACUGGGACGAUCCAUCUUCAGGUGACUUUACUGCAUCCAUGAGACUUACGAACAAUCCUGAAACGGCUAUUUGGAAGGGCUCGACUGAGUUCUAUAGAUCAGGGCCUCUGACUGGUGGUACGUCUAGUGGAGCUUAUGAGAUGAAGGUUAACCCACUUACUAAUUUAGAGCUUGUAAACAAUGAAGAGCAAGUGUAUUAUAUGUACACCCUAAAGAACAAAUCUGUGAUUUCCAUAAUUGUUUUAUCAUGCAUAAGCCAAUCUGUGAUUUCCAAAUCUAAUAAUUAA